GCGCAAAAGGGCGCGCCCGAGUGUUGUAUCAAGUGUGCGAGACCGAGGGACUGCAUCACAGCUCAUUCAAUUCCAAUCCAGACGCCGACUAGUACAGAGACACAGCCAUGGCCUCCGGAGUUACAGUGGAAGAGACUGUGUUGAAGGUCUUCAACGAGAUGAAGGUCCGCAAGGCUCACUGCAACGAGGAGGAGAAAAGCAAGAGGAAGAAGGCCGUCAUGUUCUGCCUGAGCGAAGACAAGAAGCACAUCAUCAUGGAGGAGGGUCAGGAGAUCCUGCAGGGCGAUGAAGGAGAUCCCUACCUUAAGUUUGUCAAGAUGCUUCCUCCCAAUGACUGUCGCUACGCUCUCUAUGAUGCCACGUAUGAGACUAAAGAGACCAAGAAAGAGGACCUGGUUUUCAUCUUCUGGGCCCCAGAGAGCGCUCCACUCAAAAGCAAGAUGAUCUACGCCAGCUCCAAGGAUGCCAUCAAGAAGAAGUUCACAGGUAUUAAGCACGAGUGGCAAGUGAAUGGUAUGGACGAUAUCAAGGACCGAAAGACCCUUGCUGAGAAGCUCGGGGGUGCAUCGGUGGUGUCUCUGGAGGGAAAGCCUCUAAACGAUUGAGGCUGACACAUUUCAGGGGUUUAGCUGUUCAUUCCAACAUGGGUAGGGCAGAUGGGCACAGCACACCACUGUUCGUGGGCCACGGGUGGGUUAAUGUGGGUGGGGAGGGUCGGGCAAAAGUGACAGUCUCCAAACUCCACACGACGAAGGAUAUAGGCUGUCAUUCCAGUUCACACAUACAAUGAACAAAAACACAAAAGAGAAAAAAAAAGAUCUUAAAAGACAAAAAUGAAGGAUGAUGAUUAUAAAAACAAAGUAAUAUAACUGUAAAUGUGUACUGGCAGGUUUUCCUCCUUUCUGGGUUCCAUAAGAAUGUCAAAGUGUGAGACUGAGACGGCAGCCAUUAUAAUUCAGCUAUACAACAUACUGUUUGUUCUUAAGAUUUAGGUUUUUUUUUUUUUUUUUGCCAAACGUCUAGUUAAGUUUAUUUUCUAAUUAUGUGUGUGUUGCGACUAGGUAUAGUACCAAGUCACACAAUGUUAUCGGACCAUUCUGGGAACACAAUCUACUCCCCUUCCCCUCUUAUUUUAUUUUUGAGCUCACAAGUCAUUUUAAUGAUUCCAUCUGAUUUAAAUCUUUCCAAAUGUUGUCAACCAUGGCACUGGUGUCAAGAAAUUGUACACAUUCCUUCUACCUGUAUAAUCUGGGACCUAGUGGAUGAGUGGUCUGUUGAAAAAUUUGGAUGGAAGGACACGUAUGAAAUUUAGAUGGGGAGAGCGAUAUAUUUGGGCAGCCUGUGUACAGAGCUUUGAAGGAUAUUGGUCAGUGGAUGUUUUGUAUCGUCUCCUUAUCUCUAAUAAAAAAAGCACUAAAUGAC